GAGGCACCCGAAGACAAAUACGCAAAGGGGAGAGAGGACCGCACCACUUUGCGACCCGCAAGGGUUGUUGUUUUUGUCCGUGCACUAUUUGUUUGCGCUCCCGUGCGCACUGGGACUGGUAAAUGAUCCAACAGUGCCACAAAAAGGGGCUCCCGGGGCUUCUCGGUCGUCGGUUUUUCUUUCUUCCCUUUGGCUCAGGAGAGAGGACGCACGAUCAGUGGAAUACGAGCACGAAAGACCUCUGAAGUAGCGAGGAGUUCAGCUCGGGGCACCUUUUAUUUUGAUGACUUUUCAUCAGAGUGAUGGAUGGAGAACAGGAAGUUGAGACGAUCGUGGAUCAGCGCUGACGGGGAUCACACCGCGCCGUGCCAGCCUGUUGAACGCCCACGCGCGGGACCGAUCUGUUUCGGAAUUAAAGCACACUUUCCAGACAUGAUCCGCGGACGCGGUGUGGAACUUUCACACGUAUGACACUGGUGUGAGUCGGAGCGGUUCGGGCAGAAGGCAUGGCGCGCGGCGGCGCGUCGGCACGGCGCGUCUGCGGAGCCGUUUGUCCGCUCGGAUGUGCGCUUCUCUUCUUCGGGUUGCUCUCCGUGGCCUCGCCGUCUCACGGCCGACGGCUGAUUUGCUGGCAAGCCAUACUGAACUGCCAGGCGGAGCACGAGUGCCACUUCGCGUACGAACAGUACAUGCACGCGUGCCGGCCCGUCCUGAAAGGCGAGAGGAAGACGUGCCCGAGCCACUGUAUCUCAUCGCUCGUGCAGCUCAACUUGACAAAAAACGGAGCGGCGCUGGAGGACUGCAGCUGCGCUCGAGAUCCGCUGUGCGUGAGCACCAAACGCGCCAUCGAGCCGUGUCUGCCGCGCACCACCAGCACCGGGUGCACGGAGGCGCGGCACCAGUGCGAGAGAGACAAGCAGUGCCUCUCCGCCAUGGAGGACUAUUUAACGCACUGCACCAAACUUUUCGGCGGGGGGAUCUGCACGAACGCCUGCAGGAACGUGAUCGCCAACAUGCGCAAAAUACCCAAAGGCGAGCAGCUGGACACGUGCGUGUGCGACGGCAGCGAGAGGACCAUCUGCGAGUUCGUGAAGAACAACAUGAGGACGCUUUGCUUCGACGCGCCCGUCCAGGUGGAGGAGGGCAGCGCGUCCGAGGACUACGACGACGACGACGACGAGGACUUCGUCUCCGAGCGCAGCAGGACGGAGAGCGGAGCUCCUCUCCCGCGACUCCACCGCGUCUUGGCCCCGCUGGCAUCCAUUUUGGCUCUGUUGGCCCUCUUUUAAUCCCCCGGGUUCAUAAUCUGCCCCCACUAUUGUCCGGAUGAAAAGCCAAUCUGAAUUUUUGUCACUCACUGUCCUGCAGCUAUUGUGGAGCCCCGCAGUGUUUGAGUUGAGACUUUUAUGCUGAAGGAUUUUAUCAACAUGAAGAUCUUUUCUAUGCAAAUAACACUAUAAAUGCUUUUGGUGUUGUUUUUCUGUUUUUAACUCUUGAACCUGCGCCACAGGCUGUGGAAGACAGUUUCUGACCAGAGAUAAAGUUCAGUGAUGUGACAAACAACACAAAUUAUGAGACUCAAGGUUAAAAUGUUAACUCUUUAAGCAAUAACCUUGAGAGUUCAUUAAAAAGUUAAAAAAGUUGACUCUGAGUCAGAUUUGUGAGAUGCAACAUUAAAAAAAAAAAUUAUUAAAAAAAUAUAAUAAUUCAGAUUUUUUUAAACCCAUAAUUAUGCCUUAAAUAGCCUAAAUUUGAUGAGUAUGAAUUAGGACAUAGAAAGUCAAAAGACUUGAGUUGAAAUUUUUAAAUUUUUUUGACCUUAAGUCUACAAAAACACUUACAAAUUGAAAAGUCACCUCACAGUGACUUUGUCAUACAUUUGAUAUUUUAUCAACUCUUUCCUGGCAAGUCAAAUUGUUGACUUACUAUCAACAUUGUCACUUAGAAAGUGGCAAUUCUGACUGUUUCAUAAAUUAGACUUUUUGUAUUUUUUUGUAAUUGUAACUUUUCUGUGUCUGUUUCUAUGGGAGAAACCGGCUUCCACGUAUGUUUUAUCAAAUCACAGCAUAAAUUACAGUUUCUCAGUCAGAGAUAAGAAUUUUGCUCAGCUGUGCACUGCCAUAUUUUUAAAACAAUAAUGAAGCGCUCCCCCCCCCCCUCCAAAAAAAAAAAAAAAAAAAAUAAGAGAAAAAACCAGACUGUUGCAUUGUUUGUCUGAUUUUAUGAGUAUUUAAUGCUGGAAUUGUUGGACUUGUAAAUAGAAUAGGAAAGCAAAACAGUAAUUUAUUACUUUGCCAUAUAGCUACACAUAAAUGUUUGUAUUGUGAAUAGAAGACUGAGAAUUCCAGCUUUAAAGGGAAGCUAUUUUGUGUGUAUUCUUUUCAUCGUUCCUGUACAUUGUACUGUAUAUAUGUUUAUAGCCUUUUCAAAGAGUUCUUUAUGUUUUAGGCUGUGACAUCACUUUAGUCACUGUGUAACCUUCAAACAAAUGUCUAAAUCCACUGUAUGAUCGCCUUAAUUAUAUACUUUUAUAGAAGGCAUAAAAGAGACUUAAAGAUGUUGACUGUGAUUUCUUUUCUGUAUUACUGUUCUGAUGGUGUUUUGUCCUCAUUAAAAUGGGGAAAAUAUUUUGUAAAGAGGCUGUUGCUCAGGCUCUGGAGUCCGUUCUAAAGCAAACUGACACCUGUGUGCACAAAAAUAGUGGAUAAAAAUCACCACUCCUUAUUUUUCUAACCCAGACAUUAAUUAUAUGUUAAUGGGAAUAUAGGAAAACAUUUUGAAAAUACUAAAAUUUUGAGCCCUUAACAGUUUACAUCGAAUGGUCAUUUGUUAUCGAGUGUUAAAUCUCUUGACUUCACUGCUGGGUGAUCAUUUUGUAGACAUCUGAUUCAAGCAUUGUUGAAGUUGUUUGGGUUUUCUCCUCUUUCACCUACAUCAGUGUGAAGCCAUUUAUUAUAAUGCAAAGCAUUAAGUCAGGCAAUAAAAAUAACAUUCAUGUGAAAA